AUGCCGUCUUCCAAGAGCGGGAGCGAAUUCUGGAUCGAUGGAUCCCACCGGGAGGCGGCACUGGAAGAUUUCUACGUCGUGGGCCCCGAGCUGGGACGGGGAGCCACCUCGGUGGUGUUCAGCUGCCAGGAGAAGGGCACGGGAGCUCCUUACGCUGCCAAGAUCCUGAAGAAAACGAUCGACAAAAAGAUCGUGAGGACGGAGAUCGGGGUCCUGCUGCGGCUCUCGCACCCCAACAUCAUCAAGCUGAAGGAGAUUUUUGAGACGCCCUCGGAGAUCGCGCUGGUGCUGGAGCUGGUGACGGGGGGAGAACUCUUCGACAGGAUCGUGGAGAGGGGGUUCUACAGCGAGCGGGAUGCGGCGCACGUGGUCAAACAGAUCCUGGAGGCGGUUUCGUAUUUGCACGAGAACGGAGUCGUGCACCGGGACCUGAAGCCGGAGAAUCUGCUCUACGCUGACCUGUCCCCCGAUGCACCCCUCAAAAUCGGUGACUUCGGGCUCUCCAAGAUCGUGGAUGAGCAGGACACGAUGAAAACCGUGUGUGGGACACCGGGGUACUGCGCCCCCGAAAUCCUGCACGGGUGUCCCUACGGACCUGAGGUGGACAUGUGGAGUGUGGGGGUCAUCACCUACAUCCUGCUCUGUGGCUUCGAGCCCUUCUUUGACCCGCGGGGGGAUCAGUUCAUGUACGGCCGCAUCCUCAGCUGCGACUACGAGUUCGUGUCCCCCUGGUGGGACGAGGUGUCCCCGAACGCCAAGGACCUGGUGAGGAAGCUGAUGGUGCUGGACCCGCGGCAGAGGCUGACGGUGCAGCAGGCGCUGCAGCACCCCUGGGUCACCGGGAAAGCCGCGAAACUGGAACACAUGGACAGCACACAGCGCAAACUGCAGGAGUUCAACGCCAGGAGGAAACUCAAGGCUGCCAUGAAAGCCGUGGUGGCCUCCAGCCGCUUGGGCAACCACGGCCACCACGACUGUUCCCGCAGUGGCCGCGGCCAGGGGGGACCCCGGGGUCUGGCCCAGCCCACGGGCACGGGUGGCACCGAGGCUGGCACGGAGCUCAGCAUGUUCCAGAGUGACCACCCCACCAUGGCCACAGUGGCCACGUGCCAGAGUGACCACCCAGCCACGUGUCAGAGUGACCACCCAGCCACGUGUCAGAGUGACCACCCUACAGUGGCCCCAGCGUUCCAGAGUGACCACCCCACCAUAGCCACAGUGGCCAUGUGUCAGAGUGACCACCCAGCCACGUGCCAGAGUGACCACCCAGCCGUGUUCCAGAAUGACCACCCCUCCAUGUCCCCGGUGUUCCAGAGUGACCACUCCACCGUGUCCCCCGUGGCCCCAGUGGCCGUGUUCCAAAGUGACCACCACAAUGUGUCUCCAGUGGCCAUGCUCCAAAAUGACCACCCAGCCGUGUUCCAGAGUGACCACCACAAUGUGUCCGCAGUGGCCAUGCUCCAGAGUGACCACCCAGCCGUGUCCCCAGUGUUCCAGAGUGACCACUCCACCAUGUCCCCGGUGGCCCCGGUGGCCCCGGUGGCCGUGCCAGGCUCUGGCUGUGACAGUUAA